AAUAUCUCAAUCUCAAUACCUAAAUACAAUUUACCCCAAUUCUUCGUCUCUCCCAAACUCUAUUUUUCAAUAACACACGCUAUAACACUUACCCGCCAAAAACACUCGAUAUUUAUAUUUAUAAUUAAAUUACCGCUUCCAAUUUUUCGUUUUUUCUUUUUAUUUUUCAAAUCUCUUUCUCUCUUCUUCCUCUUCCCUCCUUUUCUCUCUCUCUCGUUCCAUUCUCUAGGGUUUCUCUCCGAUGGACGAGGCUUCGGAACCGACGGUAGAUCCUCCACCGUUGGUCGAGAACGGAGGAGGAGAACCAUCGGAGGAACCGUGUAGCAAGAAGGCCAAGGUUGACGAAGUUGAUAAACCUGAGGCGGAAUUGAAACGUGUGGCGGAGAUUGUUUUGGUUUUAUCGACGAUGGCGACGAUGCGAGGUGGAGAGAAGCCGACUGAUGUGGAGGUUGAGCUCAUGAGAGAGGCGCGGAGUAAGCUCGCAAUUCUCUGCCAAGGGAUUGCUCCCAAGGAUAUUGUUGCUCGUGAAGCUGUUGGUGCCGUUAUUGAGGAUCUCGGUUUGAAUGCUAAGGUUGGGGACCAGAGGUUAGGGUUUCGUGCUCCGAAGAUGUCCAUUGCCGAGAAGUAUGCGUUCAAUAAGUCGAAGAUGGAGGAAUCAAAGAAAUUAUUAUCUGCAUCUUCUACAACAUAUACAUCUCAACCCUUGCAAACAAACACUGGUGGGAUGGUUGACAAUCGUGUUCCAACUAAUGCUGUUCGAAUGUUCUCGUCUGAUAAAACAAACCACCCAGCAAUGACUUCUACAGUUCCAAUGGCGUCUAUUCCUUCUCAUCUUUCUGCAGGAUCUUCUGCAGCAUUGCAAUAUCAAUCAACCAGCAAUGAAGUCAGACCGCCCAUUGUUUCUGGUGUAAUGCCUAGCAGUCACAUGGGGAGAAAUCCAUCUUCCGUAGCAUUGCCUAGAGUUGAAAACCCACAGUUUAAAGUUACUGGAGGAUUGAGUGGGGCUCCUUAUGUGCUUCAGGUCCAAGCAAAUUCAUUGGCAAACCAAUCAUUGGUGAAUGCUCCUACAUGGUCAAUACAGACUCAACCUGUGUCUUUAGCUAGAAGUGUAUCAGAAAACAAGGCGCCUGCUCAUAAUCCUCCCAAGGUGGAAGGAACUGCUGAUGCAACUUCAUCGAGGGCAGGUCCACAAGUAGCAACAGGUCAGAGCAUUAGACCUUUUAUUACUCAAACGGGGCCUGGAAAUAUGUCUAGUAUGCACCAGCCAUUGCAGGGUGGGAACAUGGUUCACCCUCCUUUGAUUCCUAGUCACUCUGAUAUUGCAAAGAUUGUCCAGAAAUUGUUACUACCAAAGCUUCCUGAACAUCGCACAUGGACUCCUCCGUCAAGGGAUUAUAUGAAUAAGGCUUUCACAUGUCAGACAUGUGAGCUCACUGUCAGUGAGGUUGACUCUGUUCUUCUCUGUGAUGCUUGUGAAAAGGGAUUUCACUUAAAGUGCCUGCAGCCAUCAGUAAUUAGAGGAAUUCAUAAUAGAGUUGAUUGGCACUGCGCAAGAUGCUUGAGUUUAAGUGGCGGAAAGUCUUUGCCUCCAAAAUAUGGCCGUGUGACGAGAUCUUCAAUUACAUCACCAAGUUUUCCCUCUAAUACAGUUGGUAUUCAACCAUCUUCAGAGAAGAAAGCAGAUAACUUAGAUCUAAAGGUCAGCCCGCAAAUUUUUACAGCAAAUGGAAACUCUGUUCCAACUGUUUCCAGUGCCAGUCACAGUACUGAGCGGUCAUUUGACUCAAAUACCCCAGAUACAAGAGAUAUGCAAGGUUCCAACAUUUCAUCUAGCAUUGAAACCAUUGAAGAGAAGCCUGAUCCAAGCAUAUUAAUGAAAUCUGCAGCUUGUAGUGUUUCCACUGGCUUGCAGGGUGAAAGUCAUGCUGAACAAAUAGAUUCAAAGGCUUUGACCUGUAAAGAUACUUCUGAAUCAGAAACUCUUCCUAAAUUAUCCGAGCCGGCUAAAUGUGAAAAUUUGCAAUCAUCACAAGAUUCUCAAGUUGAGAUGGCAGUGCCACAGGACAAUGCUGAAACAUCGCCAGAUAGACAUGAUAGCAAUAGUUUUAUGAUUAGUAAUCAAAUGGAAUGUGAUGGAGGAGAGAAUAUAACUUACGAUAUCAAGCACGAUGAUCUAGAUGUUGCACAACCAGUUUCUGUCAAAAGUUCUGGAACUAAUACUGGAGGUAUUCAGCACUCUGCUUUAUCUUCAGAUAGCUCACAUGCUGUAGAAUGGAUUGGUGAUGAUGUACAACUUGUAGAUGAGAAAAAGUAUUACCAAUCUUGCUGCAUUGAUGGAGUAACAUAUAGGCUGCAAGGCCAUGCUUUUUUCACAUCCAACCACGGCAAACUGACACCUUCUAAACUUCAGUCUAUGUGGGAAGAUUCCGAAACUGGGAUGAAGUGGGUAAAGGCAACGAAGUGCUACUUUCCUGAUGACUUGCCAGGAAAUAUUGGUCAUCCUUGUAUAUCUGAAGUCAAUGAGGUUUAUGAAUCUAAUAGUGAUAGAGUUGAAAUGGCUAGCUCUAUCCGAGGCCCUUGUGUAGUCCUUCCAUACGAUAAAUUUAAACAAGAAAAUGACAGAAGAUCUCAAUUUGGAACUGAGGCAAGUGUUAGUGUACAGCCCAUUUUCCUUUGCAGGUGGUUUUAUGAUGAAAUCAAAAAGUCAUUUCAACCCGUUAUUAGUUGAUCAGUCUUGAACAUACAUGUUUUUGUGAUUCCUACACAUUGCAGUUUUGUGGUUUUUGGAUGGUGUCAAACUCGUAUGGAUAAUUUAACAUGAUUCAUGUGUGACCCGUUUCAAGGCGUAUUGCAGAAGCAUUGAUUUAUGCAAAUAUGUAGCUAGGGAGCCUGAAUUGCCUUUGAUGUUAUACAUGUAGCUGUAGCUGUAGAAGCUGUGACUGCUUAGUUUAGUUAUAAGGUAGCUAGCUAUAUAUUAGUGCUGUUCUUUAUAGAUAUUCAUUUUGUAUAAUUCUUUUUUGGUAUAUGUAGGCUUGUUAUGCCUGCUGAUCACAGUUUUAUCUUUGAAAUUAAAUUAUCGUUGUAGUCCUCUUAAUUGUAUAAUAUUUUGUUGUACAAAAGUUUCUUCUGGAAAAGCAUAUCCGUGGGAAUUUUUAUGAUCA